CCACCACUGGCUCUGCUCCUUCUCCGCACGUGGCCCGCUGUGUUUCGGCCGCAGCAACACUGUGCUGCUAUAUCUAGAACCGGCACCGUUCAUUGGUGACAUCACUAUCUGGCCCUCUUCCCCGACAUGACAUCCUUUUUGUCUAGUAAGCUGCCCGUGCUUUGCAACUCGCUUCCUCUUAUCGCGCAGUGGCCUAUCUCACCUGCCUUCCCAGGUAGCUGCCGGCGACGUCCUGUCCGCCGCCAGCUUGACAUGCCGCCGCCUGACCCGGAUCCGUCUAGCUCUAGCAUUUCAGCCGUCGGCUCUCGGGGGAGAAGGCGUUUGCACCAUGCCUGUCUCAACUGCAGGCGCAAGAAGACCAGGUGCCCGGGCGAGAAGCCGGCAUGUUCUAGCUGCGCCCGCCUGUCGCAGACGUGCUCCUACCCGGCCCUGAGGAGGCCUUCCCAGAGUGGCGGGAGAUCAGUAAGUGUCGGAAACAAGUAAAGGACGGACCGGACCGCGAAAAAAAGAAGAGGCUUUAACCCGCCCCAAAGGACGAGAGGCUACAGAACCUAGAGGAAAAGCUGGACCUCCUGCUCAGUGGGGCGAGCAUGUAAUACGAUCCCCGCCACCACCGGUCCACGCACCAAGACGAGCGUGCUCUUUGGAGACCAUCUGACGAGGUUGUUGAACCUAGCCACCACCACCACGCGCGUCCAGGCAGGCAGAAAGAACAGCAACCACAGACCCAAGAACAACAAGAGCAGCAGCAGCAGCAGCAGCGGCGGCGGCGGCGACAGCAGCAACAGCAACAGCAGCAAGAUGAUGAGUUAAGCCCGACGACAAACAGGUCCUACUCGGCUACGCCACCGCCGGGAAGAAAUCGCAGGCCCAGCAAUGUCCACAACGACAACGGCAGGAGGAAUGUAGCCGACAAUAGCAGCACCGCCGGCUCGUCGGUGGGGUUCAAUCACGACAUUGCCAAGGCCGUGGACCUCUACUUCAAGUACUGCCACCGGCAGCCCAUCUGGUGCUUUGAGCGCCACGAGAUUGGGGACCUGGAGUCGCUGCCCGAGGAGCUAACAAGCAGCAUCAUGGCCCUGACCGCCCGCUUCUCGCAGCAGCCCGUCGACACGCAGCUAUACAGCAGCAACGCCAAGACACUAAUCAUGCUGCGCCUGGCCAACGGCACCGUGGACCUUGUCACCAUCGAGAGCCUGUGCCUUCUUGCCUACUACUCCCUGAUUGACGGCAACUUCCAGCUGGGCCAGUUCCAUCUCGGCCUGUCUCACCAGCUGUGUCGCUCAGCCCUCCUGGACGCUGAAUCCGUUUACCCGCCUGACGACCCCUUGGCGGAGCGGAAAAGGCGCCUGUUCUGGAGCCUCCAGCUGCUGGAGCAGUUCUACGGCCGCCAAGACGCCCAUCUCAGCAACCCCAACAAUAAGCUCCGGGACUCGUCCGAGUCGGGCCACGGGCCGCGAGCAGCAGCACCGUCAGCGUCGGCCGCCGCCGCCGCAGAGGAUCGGUCCCCGUCCCUGCCGCGGGACGACCUCGGGACAGCGACCCCGAGCGAGCCGGGCAUCUGGAUCACGAGCAUGUGCCUCGGCUGGGUGUGGAGCCAGGUGCGGCGGUACGUGGCCGACUGCGCGCGCGACGGCGUGGUCAAGGAGCCCUGGCGCCACGACUCGCCCUACGCAAAGGUGCUGUCCGACUUCAUGGAGGUCGAGAACCGCAUCCCCAUGUGCCACCGCUACGACUCGGUGCGCUUCUACGAGCGCGACGAGCACGACAUCAAGCAGAACCGCGACUACUGGGCCUGCUGGCUCAAGGAGCAGAUGGUCUACCACGCCAUCGUCACCGUCCUCAACCAUCCCUUCCUCUAUAUCGUCGGCGCCCAGCACAACCCCAACCUCGGAAUCCCAAACACGUUCUGGAGGCGGUCUAGCGAGCAGGCGCUCCUUCACGCCACAUGGCUCGUCAGGAUCAUUGACAUGGUUGUCGAGAAGCAGGUCGCUCUGGUGGAACCCAUCGUUGGCCACGUCGCUGCAAUCGCCGCGACCGUCCACCUCUACUACAGCUGCGCGGCCGCCGCCAAGCUCAAGCACAAGUCCAACACGGACUUUGCCAAGUGCCGCAAGUUUCUCAAGAGCUUCAUCCCCUACUCUACUGCUUGCGCGGCUCUGGACCGCAACCUCGACAAGAUGGCCCUGAUUGCAGCAGGAGCCGAGGCCGAGACCAUUGACGUGGACGACGACUGGAUGCCUUCCAAAAUGUACCUCAGUGUGCCCCUGAUGUGGGAGAUCCUCCAGUUCUCCUCGUAUUCCUCCUCCACCGGCCCAACGCAGGACCACAUGGGAGGCGGCAGCGGCGGAGGCCUAUUCGACGCAUCCCUCGCCCCCGUCCUCCCAACCAUCGACGAGUCCGACUCGUCCACCAUCCUCGAGAUCAUCGUGGCCACCUCCCCCGAGAUUAACAUCAACAUCGCCGACGGCGGGCAGGAGGCGCCGACGCGGCCGCAGCCGUUCAAGAACCACAACCGCGGCAGCAACACCCGAGGGGCGCGUGGCGGCGGUGUGCAGCCGGCGACUAGCGGCAGCAGCAACCACCACCACCAUCACCAUCACCACCACAACAACCACGGCAGCGGCGGCAGCGGCAACGACGCCAUGGACCAACAGCAGCAGCUCGACAGCCUCACGCUGUACACGACGCCGUGGCUGUACGCGGACCCGGGGCUGCUGCUGGGCAUCGGCGACCUGAACCUGCCGCCGCCCGACGAGGCGGGCACGGCGUGGUGGGAGGGGGAGAACUUGGAUAACCUGAUGCUGAACUAGGCGCGAGCGAUAGAAGGGGGAUGAUUGUUAAUACAUAGACUGGUACAAAAUUGCAAAACAGUG